AUUAAUGAAAAGGUAAAAAUAGUGUAAACUUAUGACAGAAAGGAAGAUUUGUAUGAGUUAUUGGCAUAGACUAAGAAUAUUGUUGGAUCAUACCUUAAUGAAGUAUUGGAAAGUUUUAAGAAAGAAAAAGUAAUAGAUUGCCUUCAAUAUCUUUCAAAUAAAAGCAAUGAAUAAUCUGAGUUGUGGUAUAUUCACGAAAUUCUAAAAAUCUAAGUGAAUUUGACUUUUAUAAAGAGAAUUAUUCAAAAGAAGAUUUUAAAUUAAGGAGAUA